UUUCUUACUAAAUUAACAGAAUCUUCAUAAUCUUCUUCAUUGUAUUUUCAAAUAGAAGAUACACCUAUUAGGAUGCAUUUUCUUUUUCUUUUUUAACAGAUGGAAAUUGAUUAAUUUUAAUACUAUUCCAUACAUUAAGGCAGUGUGGUCACUGUGGACUUCUCACGAAUAUUGCUCCUUUCUAAAUUUCUCAGUUAUUCGCAUUAAUUCAGUUUUAAGAGAUAAAUAGCAGGCUUUUGUUUUUCAUUUUUAAAAUGAUCUUAUUCCUUAAAUGCUGAACAUUUAACACAUAACGAUUAAGGGAAAAUAUUGUCUCAAUUUUAGGUACUCGGACAUUUGUUAGUUGUUUUUGAUAAUCAUGUUAAUUCACAGUGUAGAUCUUCCAGGUGAAUAUUAUUUUUCCUUCUGAACAUAUAAGGGAAUUAAGACUAAAAGACAUUAUAAGUCUGCAUAUCUAGUUAUUUGAACCAAGAUUAGGAUCCAUUUUCUUAAAGUGUUUCUCAUUGUCUUAGCUCUAAUGCUGUGGUGAUUUUAUUGAAUUUUAUUUUAGUUGUUGUUUUUGACAUCAAGUUUUAAUUAAUGGUCCCUUUGGUGCAUGAAAGUCUAAUUUUAUGUUUAAAAAAUGAUUAUUAUGAAUGUAAUAAGUUAUUGGUCUUAUUUCCAAGAUUUCAACCUCUAAAAACAAUAUAAAUGACCCCAAAAAAGAAAAACCCUCACUUCAUGUUCCAUCAAUGAUAGUUGUUUCAAGGACGGUGAAUGUUUUAUUCACCAAUAUAACCGCUCUUAGAAAAGGAAUAACACAUAGUAGUCACUCAAAAGUUUGUUGAGCAAAUUAUGAAAAUUAAUACCUGUGUUGUUGAUUUUGUACAGUCCAGUGAAUUAUAUUUCUUCUGCAUCAUUUACUAUCUUAGAUGUUUUGACUGUGAGUCAAGUGUAUUACGAAGGCUAAAGCACAACAGGUCUUCUUAGCCAAUUAAAAUUAAAUGUUUUCUUAUGUUUUUAAUAUUACUAAGGAAAAAGGGAAAUUAAAGCCUACUACCCUUAUUCAGAACAAAAAUAAAAGGGACAAUGGCCUUAGAGCUAUUGAGAAUUUGAUGAAGAAGAAAGGGAAAUUUGAUUACAUACUGUUAGAGACCACCGGAUUAGCAGAUCCUGGUGCUGUAGCUUCUAUGUUUUGGGUUGAUGCUGAAUUAGGGGUUGAUAUUUAUCUUGAUGGUAUCAUAACUGUUGUGGAUUCAAAAUAUGGAUUAAAACAUUUAGCAGAAGAAAAACCUGAUGGACUUAUCAAUGAAGCUUCUAGGCAAGUUGCUUUGGCAGAUAUCAUCAUCAUCAAUAAAACAGACUUGGUUUCAGAAGAGGAUUUAAACAAAUUAAGAACAACUAUUAGAUCAAUAAAUGGACUGGGAAAAAUUUUAGAAACACAGAGAUCAAGAGUUGACCUUGCAAAAGUAUUAGAUCUUCAUGCCUUUGACAGUCUCUCUGGAAUAAGUUUGCAGAAAAAACUUCAACAUGUGCCAACAACACAACCUCAUCUUGAUCAGAGUAUUAUUACAGUCACAUUUGAAGUACCAGGAAAUGCAGAGGAAGAAAGUCUAAAUGUUUAUAUUCAGAAUCUUCUGUGGGAAAAGAAUGUGAGGAACAGGGAUGACGACUGCAUGGAGGUCAUACGACUGAAGGGGCUAGUGUCAAUCAAAGACAAACCACGACAAGUGAUUGUCCAAGGUGUCCAUGAGCUAUUUGAUCUGGAGGAGACACCAGUGAACUGGGAAGAUGACAGUGAGAGAACAAAUCGAUUAGUUCUUAUUGGCAGGAAUUUAGAUAAGGAUAUUCUUAAACAACUAUUUAUAGCUACUGUGACUGAAACAGAAAAGCGAUGGGCAACACAUUUCCAAGAAGAUAAAGUUUGUCCAUAACACUAGAAGCAUCGCCAAAAGGACUGGAUGAUAAAAGUGAGAAUAAGUUUCCUGUUGGAUGUAUUUCAAGCAUCUAUUUUUUGCAUUACUUUUCUUAUGAAUUACAGUGUAUCCUUUAAAAUAGUAUUUAUUUUAUAGAAUACAUAAAUAUAGUAAAUCAGUAAUAUAAAACCCUUGACAUUCAUUCAAUAAAACGUAAUUUCCUAUGACUUUUUCUUUGUAGACAGAUGAUUUGCAAACUUAUCUUUGGAGUUCACAUAUGCUGAAAUUCUCACCCAUGGAAAUUUUAGUAGUAAUAGUGGUAUCAUGUUGAUAUAUGCCAGAAACCAAUACAAUACUGUAAAGCAAUUAUCCUCCAAUUAAAAAUAAUUUUUAAAAAUGGUAAAA